AUGGCGUUGGAGCCCGUGGUCACUCUGAAGGUGCCUGCUCACUUGCAGUGGAGGCGGCUUAAGGGCGACCUUGAGCGCAGUGGUGAUGAGAUGUCGCCCGCCCAGUUCUUCCAGCGCAUCUCCACGCCCGAGCUGAAGAAGAUCGGCCUGUCGCCGUCGGCCGUUGCGGAGGAGCAGGAGGCCUGUAUUGCUGACCGCUUGAAGGACGUGCUGAAGUCGAAGAAUAACGCUGGCGCUCGGAAGAAGCUAGCCAAUCUCUUGUCAGAUGAAGUCGUUGUUGACUUGGUGGAAGACGUGGCCGAGUGGUGGGCGUCGCUGGACGCCCUGUUCACUGCGGAGACCGUCGAGUGGGACGACAUCGAGACUAUGUCUGCUGUCUUGAACGACGCCGUCGGGGUCGUGGAGGCGUCUCUCCCUGGGAAGCCGAAGUCCAAUUCAUUGGGCUCGGCCCUCACGAUGUGGCCCGUCGGCAAGGACGUGCUUGCCCAGGGCCGACUUCUUGCAUCCAAGGCCAAGGCGACGCUCGAGAGUUUGGCGCCGUUGAUGUCAAAGGCGGAGGUCUUCAACAAGGCCGUUGAGCGCUGCAUGCCAGAGCUGUCCGUGACCGAGCUGUCCUGGAUCAACCGCGCCACGGACGCUCUCACGAACCUCCAGAAAGACUACAGCGCUGCGCUUAGCGGAGGCAUCCAGACCUACAUCCCAGAGGCGAGGGACACUCGGUUCGUCGAGGGAACUGGCAAGUGGGUGGACUUGGUUGCGAAUGGAUGGGUUAAGAUUCUGAGCACCGUGGUGAGGGAGGAUUUGUCUGCCGCUGAUCUUCGGCGUUGGUUGCAUGAGACAGCGGAGAUGCGCAAGAUUCUGGCGAUGGCGACCGACUCGAUCGAGGAUGCGCACCAGCUGUACAACCCAGUCUUCAUUGACAAGGCCAGCGCUUGCAAUCACGCGGCCGGCAUCACGAACACCCUGGCGAAGUGGGAUGAGCUUCUGUUGGCGGAAUCUCCCGACAAGGACGUCAAGCUUCCGAAGUUCCAGAACUUGCAGUCGUUGAUGGUCUCAUGCUUCAAGUCAUUCCCUCAGGAUCUUGCUCCUUGGACCUCGAUGGCGCCUCCAAGCGUGUUGCUCAAGGCGCCCGCGUUCGUGGAUGGCCCCCACAUGGACGCCUUGAAGAGUGCGAUCAGGAAGAGCGGCGAGACCUAUGUCAACGAGAUCUACGACGCAGCGAAGCAGAUCUUCGGAGAGACCCCGACGUCCUUCUCCUGCGAGCGCCUAAAGAUGAAUGAUAUCAACUUCCUGGUGUCGGUUCAGCUUCCCCGCAAAGCAGUCGAGGGAGCAGUUCAUUGGGCUGGCCAAGUCGGCGACGAGGCGCUUCGUGUUCAGCUCAACUUCCUGGACUCCAUCGUCUGCGCGAUCGCAUGCGCGGCCAAGCUUCACCAGUUGGUCCUGCUGCGGAACACGGCCACAUCAUUCAAGGACUUGCUGCUCACCGACGACCACGUGACUGCUUGGAGGGACGCGGGGGUCCGCAUGGGGCACCUGCAGAGGCUGGUGGAGGACCCCGCUACAGCUGGCAUGAUGGAGAACAUCAGCGAGUCGCCCUUCCACCUUGGUCGGCUGGAUGGCCUCAUCGACGUUCUCUCGUUCGGGCGUUCGGUCCUCGACGAAUCCAGGCGCCUCGAGGGCGUGUUCAGGGAGUGCCUGACGAGCGACGUCACGAGGAUGUCGGAGACCAUCGAGCAGAAGACUCCCGCCUACCCCUCGACGGGGCUGGUUGGGAACAAGAAGGUCAUCCAGCAGAUCAUCUCGGCUGAGCACUCGUCGCUGAGCCAGGUGAGCGUCGCCCUGAAGCACGAGCUGAAGCUGGCCAAGAUGAUCGGCAAGCUGUUCCUCGUGCUGCCUGCAGAGAUCAGCACGCGUGCCGGCAAGGCAGUCGAGUGCGCUCUCGCGACGGUCGCUCUUGGCGCGGUCUUCAGCUCGACAGAGGUGGACUGGCCGGCCGCAGAGUUCGAGGAAUCAGCCGAUUGCAGCAGGGCCGUGGCGAAGCUCCGCGCGGACUUGCGCAAGACGGGCUGGGAGGAGACUGAGGAGAUCACGUUCCUCCUCAACCAGUGGCGCGACGGCCAGUGGCUGAGCAAGGCUGUGGACACGGCCGCGGCCGACCAGGCCAAGCCCAUGCCCAUGGAGCCAGACACGCAGUACGACGGCGAAGCUGGCGGAUCGCCUGGCAGCCGCGCGCAAGAAGCGCAAAGUGUAGCGAGGCUGCCAGCCGCCAGCUCGACGCCGAGCCCGACGCCGAGCCCGACGGUCGAACCCGACGCCGAGCCCGACGCCCAGAGCGACACCCAGCCCGUCGCCCAGUCCGACGCGGCCCCCGUCGCCCCGCCCGACGCCCAGCCCGACGCCCAGCCCGACGCGGGCCUAUUGCCGUUUUAG